AUGAAGCUGGUCCUGCUAGUUUUAUUCUUAUCAUUUGUCUACGCCGAAGAACUCCCACUUUCAUGUAGUAAGCCAGUUUAUUGCAAGAGUAACUUACUUCACUAUGUUCAAAAAUCUAGAAUCUUCCCAGACUCCAAAACCUUCGUGGACCUUCGCUUAAAAAAAGAUCAAAAUACCACCGUCGCUGCUUUUGAUGAAUUACUCAAAGAAACCAAUAAUAGCCCAACCAAUGAGCAAAUUCAAGCGUUUCUAGACUCUUAUUUCGACUCGAUAAGUGAACUGGAAAAUUGGACACCACCAGAUUAUACCCCCGAACCUCCCUUCUUGGCUGUCAUUCGAGAUGAAGUAUUAAGGCAAUUCGGAAAAGAUAUAAACAAUAUAUGGCCUACAUUAGGAAGAAAAGUUAAAGCAGAUGUCUUUGAAAAUUCCGAUCAUUACAGUUUGAUUCCUGUAGAUAACGGUUUUAUUAUACCUGGAGGUCGUUUUAAGGAAUUGUAUUAUUGGGACACAUAUUGGAUUAUUGAAGGACUUCUUAUUAGUGGAAUGGACAGCACCGUUAAAGGAGUAUUAGGAAAUUUAAUACAAUUGUUGAAAAUGCUAGGCCAUAUUCCUAAUGGAAGUAGAUGGUAUUAUCAAGAACGUAGUCAACCACCGCUUUUGUCAGCUAUGGUAUCUAUGUACAUUCGAGAGACGAAAGAUAUAGAAUUUUUAAAACAAAAUAUAAAAUACCUUGAAGAGGAGGUAAAAUAUUGGUUAGAUAGCCAAGUAGUGACAUUUGAAGUAAAUAAAAAAACCUAUACGCUGCUUAGGUACUACGCACCAAGUGAAGGACCAAGACCUGAGUCCUACUACGAAGAUUAUAAGAGUGCUCAAAUAUUUGACACUCCGGAACGGCAGCAAGAAUUCUAUACCGACAUAAAAAGUGCAGCUGAGAGUGGCUGGGACUUUUCUUCUCGUUGGUUUAUUAAUAAAGAUGGUAAUAAUAAUGGCAAUUUAACUACAAUUCAUACUAGCAAAAUUAUACCCGUUGACCUUAAUUCUAUAUUUGCCAAUGCUCUUCAAAAUAUGGCUUAUUUUCAAACCUUAGUUGGGGAGCGACGAAAAGGCUCUCGUUGGGCCUAUCUUGCAAAUCAAUGGCGUAACUCUAUUAAAGAAGUACUGUGGAAUGACAAAGACGGAAUCUGGUACGACUGGGAUUUAGAAAACAAACAACACCGAAAAUACUUUUACCCUAGUAACGUUGCUCCAUUAUGGAUGGGCGUGGUCGAUAAAUUAUUUGUUAAAGUUAAAGCCCCCAAAAUUUUCAAAUGGCUGAGUACAUCGCACGGGUUAGAUUAUCCUGGAGGUGUUCCUACUUCUUUAAAAAGAAGUGGUGAACAAUGGGACUUCCCUAAUGCAUGGCCACCACUAGUUAGUAUUACAGUGAAUGCUUUAGAGGCUUUAGAAACUGAGGAAUCGAUAAAAAUGGGUUUCAAAAUUGCUCAAAAUUGGGUUCGAUCGUGCCGUACUGGGUUUGUAGCUAAUAAACAAAUGUUCGAAAAAUAUGACGCUGAAGUGCCCGGAAGGGUGGGCGGUGGGGGCGAGUAUACUGUGCAGGCAGGCUUUGGCUGGUCCAAUGGUGUGAUAUUAGAGUUCCUUGCGAAGUAUGGCAGGAGAAUGACUGCAUACGAUAAUGCUUAUUAUUCAGAUACCCCUCGAAAAGUCGAUGAUCUGAAAGAUUCUGUAAAAGAACUUGCGCCAACAGAAAGUAAU